UCACCAGCUACCAGGAAGAGAUUAUGUAAACAGACAAAAUGACUUAACAUCGUAACAUCGCUGUCCCAGAAACCCCGAUACAACCGUAACCCCAGUAGCUGCUGCUUGUAGGAGCCAUAUAUUCAAGACAAAUCCUGUCCCUAGAAUGAUCAAACGCACGUUUCCUGCGGUUAGACGUGUCCUCUCUCCCGGUGUGCGCUAUUUUUCUGGCAGAGACACAACUGAAGACGUGUGUGAUGGGACAGACUCUCCACAUGACACUAAGCAGGCGUCUCUCUACGUACACUGGCCUUACUGUCUCAGGAGGUGCUCCUACUGCAGCUUUAACAAGUACAUAGCCAGAGAAGACAACAGCCACAUCAUGACCCAGUGCUUUCAACGGGAGACCGAGACACUGCUGCAGCUCAGCCAGGUAUCCAGCAUCACCUCUGUAUUUUUUGGUGGUGGGACUCCAAGUCUUGCUCACCCCUCAACAGUUGCUGCAAUCCUGGAAGCUGUUUCCAAGCACGUGAAUCUGUUUGAUAAGGCUGAGAUCACUCUUGAGGUCAACCCUACUCCUGUGGGAAUGUCAAAAUUAAAGGAUUUUUGCCAUGCUGGGGUGAACCGUGUCUCCAUUGGGGUCCAGUCCUUGCAGGAUGAUGACUUAAUAUUUCUGGGAAGAGACCACAGUUGUCAUCAGGCUUUGCAAACUAUUGAAGAGGCUCGGAGGCUGUGCCCCGGAAGGGUGUCCAUAGAUGUCAUGUUUGGACGUCCCAGACAGAGCAUUGAAUCAUGGGAGAACGAGCUGUCUGAGCUACUGAAGGUGUGCGAUGACCAUGUGUCUUUGUACCAGCUGACGCUAGAGCGAGGCACCCAGCUGUUUAAACAGGUCCAGCGAGGGGAGGUGGCCGUGCCAGGUGAUGACGUGACAGCAGAGAUGUACCAGUGUGCUAGGAGGACUCUCCACCAACAUGGCUUUUUGCAGUACGAGGUGUCAAACUUUGCAAGACAUAAUGCAGUGAGUCAUCACAAUAUGAGCUACUGGAAGGGAAGACAGUACAUCGGUGUCGGCCCAGGAGCACACGGGCGAUUUGUUCCUCUAGGGGAGGGAGGUGUUGUCCGGGAGGCCCGGAUCCAGACUCUGGAACCCGAUGUAUGGAUCCGUGAAGUCCAGCAGAGGGGACAUGGGACGCGGAGGAGGAUUCAGCUUCACCAUCUUGAUGUCAGAUUGGAGGAGGUGUUGGUGAUGGGAAUGAGGACAACUGAAGGCAUUAAUCACAAGCAUUGGGAGCUGUUUAGCCCUCAGCUGGGCCUUCAUGAAGUCUUUGGUAAAUCUAAUGAUGUCCAAGAGUUGCUACAGAGUGGACAACUAAUUCUUGAUGACAGAAGUCUACGUUGCUCCUGGGAUGGACUGGCCGUACUGGACAGCAUACUGCCAGCUCUACUGGUGGAACUGGAAACAAAGAUCCUUCAGAGACGACAAAGGAACCACAGUAGUGAUGGACAAACAGAGCAGGCCUCUAGCCCACGAUGACAGUAAUGUUAGUAGAGCAGCAUUCUGACAUGACAAAAAGUGUAAACAAAGGUAUCCACAUUUUGUUUGGAGGUGCUGCUCUCCAUCAUUUACCCUGAAAACCAGACUGAUACUGAUACACUGCACAAUUUAAAUUCCUUAUUUCUAUUCCUAAAUUUCUUACUAUUUGAUACUUUGCUGGUAGCUGUCAGGAUAAUUCCAACUACCACAACCUGAUCACUGUUGGUUUCUUAUCUUGCCCUAGUUAUCACAGAAAUAAAGCCCCACAGGCUUUUAUAUAUUGACUCUGGCCAUAGUAAUAAUGGUGGGGGGGGGGAGACGAUGAGAAUUGUCGUCACAUUGGUGUGCAGGGCAGCAUGAAUAUUAAAUGUCUCCAGGCUCAGUUUUGCAAUUAUCACUGGCACAGAAACACCUCUCGCAGUCAUUUUACUGUCAUCUAAACAUAAUUAAUAAUUAUGUGCACAUCAAUAAAAGCUCCAGUGCACAGGAAAUUGUUCUGUAUUGACAUGAAUGCCAUUUUCUUCUUCUGUCUAUGCAUGUGUUGUGAAUACAUGGAUAUUUUGCUGCAUUUGUAAAUAUUCCUGUUGAAUAGAUGAAUUUAACUCCACUUUAUGUUUAAGCCUCAAUCAUGUUCAGCACACAGAUGAGGUUUUACCUUGAAAAGCACACAGAGCAUUUAUUAAAAUUCCACUGUGGUUAUUUGGACCACGUGCACUGGCUGCAUGUGCAUGGUCGUAUCACAUAUAAAACUGUAGCAUACCUUCUGAAUUAAUACCAACAUCCUGCUUUCACGG